AGCCCAGCAGAGGUGCCGGCCUGCAAACAGGAAGCCGAACAUCUGACCAAUCAGCUGCAGCGUGUCAGGGUGACCCGGUCGAGGUCGGAGGAAGCUCCCGCGGAGGAAGCGGCUCUCUGGCGUUUUUAACUUUCCACAAAAAAUCUCAGUGGGUUUUAAAUAGUAUCCCGGGAAAAACCCGGCAUUUCAAAUCCGCACCGUGAAAUAAAUGGAGUGGAGGGAAAAGACGAUGUCACAUUAAUGUAAACUGCAGCAAAUUGAGAUACACUCAGUUACUUCUCAGCAGCUCCCUGCCGGACAGAAGAGGCUGGAGGUCCGGAGAAUCAGGCGCAGAGAAACGCCUGCGCUGCGUGUUAGUGAAUCAAAGCACCGACACCGACUGGCCAUCGUUAGUCGGCUGCACGGCACCGGACCGCAUUAACACUCCGAGCUCAUUUAGGAUGACUCAGCAGGAUCACGCAUGUACUGAGAAGACGAGGCGCCUUCUCAAAACUGCAGAUACCCUGAAAUAAAGCGUGUUGAAAAAUGGGAGCAAACGUCAAGUCUGGGGGGACGAUCACAAACCGAGAAUCAUCCAAAAAAGCAUCAAGGUUCGCUUUUAUUUGGCGGUUUGGACCGAAUCUUCACCGAGAACCCACUGGAGCAAAUGAACUGUUUAUUUAUAUCAGUUCAUGUGUGAAGGAGGACUCCGCGAGUUUUGAACCUGGGCCUCAUUUUCCCACGUUUUUGGCCAUAAAACGAUGGAUAGGGCCAGAAAUGUGUCCAGCCGGUCCACUACUGAGCAGGAACCGUGAUCCCACGGGAUCCCGUGGGCGAAUGUCCACGUCAAAGUACGCGGACUACAGAGCUCCAGGCUCAGAUUGUUAUUUUAACCGUCUCACAACACUGACCAGCAACUCCUGUGUUCCUCGAGGUAAAACAACUGUUUAUGUCAAUGGAGUCUGGCGGCUUUGACGGGCUGUUUCUGGGUGAACAAAAAGGAUCUUACCCUUUCUUUUUUUUUUUAUCCCACUGUGGUGAGAGGGACUAGAGCGCGGGACGUGGGUCGCUGUGGGGGCCGCCGCCUCUCUAAACAACAUCUCCUAGAAACGAUCCGGACCGUCCAAGCGUUCAAGCGUUGAGAGAGAGAAAGAGGAAGCGGUGUGUGUAUAUAAGCUGGUGUUGAAGUGGAUCUGAUCAUCAGAGACUCGACAGACGAACUUCCCUCCUUCAUCUGAGCGACGUCACCGGAACGUGUGAUAUACAUUCUUCUCGCUUUCCGUCCAGCGACCACCAUGUCUCAUCCAACCGACGGAUCGCACACCUUCAGGGGGCGCUACGCCAAGCCGGUGCCGACCACUAACCUCAUCGAAGCCGACGACUUCCCAGAAUUUGAACCUUUUCAAGAAGAUGCUUACACGGAGGCAACGCCUAGAGGACAUCCACCCGCCGGAGAGCCUCUGUCGGUGCAGAACGUCGACAUGUGUCAGCAGAUCAACAAACCGAACCACUUCACGUCCGCCUACGACGUCGAGAACCUGGUGGUCCGGCGCGGUCAGGAGUUCGUGGUGAGGGUCACCUUCAGCCGCCCGCUGACCGAGGGAGACGAAUUCCAGCUGGAGUUCCUGAUUGGCUCCAACCCUUCUCCCAGUAAGGGCUCCCUGGUGGUGGUGGCAUUCGGCUCCCAACGGGGCGGCCCGUGGUCGGGCCAGAUCCUGGAGGCUCAGGGUGAAUCGGUGACGCUGGGCAUCACCCCGACACCGGACGCCAUCGUGGGGAAGUUCCGUACCUACGUGGCCAUCGUGACGGGCGGCGGCCUGCAGAGGACAAAGAGGGACACCGUGACUGACCUGUACCUGCUCUUCAACGCCUGGUGUCCCGAAGACCCUGUGUUUCUCCCUAACGAAGCAGAACGGAGGGAGUACGUCCUGAACGACUGCGGUGUGAUCUAUCAGGGCUCAGUCGGAUCUGUCUCCGAACGCAACUGGAUUUAUGGACAGUUUGAGCGUGGCAUCCUGGACGCCUGCAUUUACAUCCUGGACGCGUCCCGGAUGCCGAUCUACAGCCGAGGCGACGUCACCAAACUGGUCAGGAAGGGGUCUGCCAUGAUUAACUCGCAGGACGACAGCGGCGUGUUGGUGGGGAACUGGAGUGACGACUACUCCAUGGGCCACUCCCCGACUUCCUGGACAGGCAGCGUCAAGAUCCUGCUGCAGUACGUCAACACCGGAGUCCCCGUCUGCUUCGCCCAGUGCUGGGUGUUCGCUGGAGUCUUCAACACCUUCCUGCGUGGCCUCGGCCUCCCAGCGAGGGUCGUCACCAACUUCUCUUCAGCUCACGACAACACGGGCAACCUGAAGACCGACCUCAUCUUCAAGCCUGAUGGGACGCCAGACGAACGCAACACCAGGGACUCCAUCUGGAACUACCACUGCUGGAACGAGGUGUUCAUGGUGCGUCCAGACUUGCCCCCCGGCCUCGGAGGAUGGCAGGUGGUGGACGCCACGCCCCAGGAGACCAGCGACGGACAUUUUCGCUGUGGUCCAGCCUCAGUCGCUGCCAUUAAGGAAGGUCUGCUGUGCCACCCGUUUGACUCCGGAUUUGUCUUCGCUGAGGUGAACAGCGAUGUGAUCUUCCUGAAGCGGGAUCGCUACGGGAAUCUGAGUCCGUACAGGGUGGAUAAGACUCAUAUUGGACAGGCUGUUCUCACCCAAGCAGUGGGCAGCACAGCACCUAUGGACAUCACGCACAUGUACAAGUAUCCUGAAGGUAGUGCAGAGGACAGCAGGACUGCGGCUCGGGCGGAGGAGUACGGCUGUCAGAGGGAUCACUCUGAGCUGGCUGACGCCCAGCUGUCGGUCGUCAUCAACGCUGACCAGUGCUCCCUGGGUCAGGACUUGAACCUGGUGGUGGAUUUCCUAAACCAGGGUGAGCUCCCCAGAACUGUCCACGCUCACCUGGCCGGGUCCGUCAUCUUCUACACCGGAGUCACAGCCAGUCACUUCAAAGAUCAGGACUUCAUUGUCUCAGUGCCAGCCUACCAGACGGAGCGUGUGAUGUUGAAGACCACAGCUCAGGAGUACAUGCCUCACCUGGGCUCUCAGCUGUGCCUCCACUUUGUUGUGACCGGACAGGCUGACGACCAAUCAGUGACCGCCAUCAAGGUGAUCGACCUGCAGACCCCGAGGCUGACCAUGAUGGUGAACGGCCAGCCUCAGGUGCAGCAGGAGAUGUUUGUGACCGUUUCCUUCACCAACCCGUUCAACUUCUCCCUGCAGAACGUCAACCUGGCCAUGGAGGGAUCUGGACUCAUGGGCGUCAAGACGCAUUACUACAGUGAAAUCAAUCCUCAGGCUUCGAUCUCCUGGAAGGAGUCGUUCUUCCCCCGGCUCCAUGGACCCCGACGCCUCGUAGCGGUGAUGGACUGCAGCAACCUGCGUCAGGUGUGGGGAGUCGUUGAUGUCGUCAUCUCAGCCUGAGAUGAUUGGUUCACAGAACGGUGACCCCUGCCCCUCGUCAAUUCCACCAAUCACAGCAGCUUCAGAUCGAGUGGGCGGAGCCAUUAGGCGGCACUAGUAAUGGUUUGUUUCUCCCCUCGACGUGUAGGUCACAGUAUCAUUAACAUACAUGGAACCGGAGUGACCACACUUACCAAUAAUUUACUGAUUACUUACUUAUUCAUUUUUUUACAUUUUAAAUCAUUUUAAAUCUGUUUUCAGCUAAAUAAUAAUUAAUCAGAUUUUUAAGUGGGGAACUCGAUGCAAAAUACCUAAAUGCGGCAUUUACAGACUGGAUUUUUGUGUUUUCAGACACAAAAUUCAGGUGAAAGUUUUUGUCCCGGAAUGAAGGUAAUUUCAAAAUAUGAUAUUUUUCUCAGGUAGUUUCACCUUUAAAAGCCCAGUUUAAUCAUCAAAUUAAAAAAAACAAAACAAAACAAAAAACUCUACCUUUUCAUGAUAAGAUGGGAUUUGAAAACUUUUCUGAGCAGAAAACAGUGAGGUGGACACAGUGUGAACGGGCUUGACAGCAGCUCUCCUCCGUCAGGUCUCCCCACUCUGACAAAAUGAGUUGAUAUGAAAUGUGAAUCAAUAAACAAAAUCUGUUAAAUGAGGAAAAUCUUUUUAAAUUUCAGCCUCCUAUCGGAUGAAAACUGAUGUGAUUGUACCUUUUUUUUUUUUUCUCUGCU